UGUACGAUCUUGCAGAGGAGUACUGGGUCAGCAAAUGUCGACUAACAGUAUGAACGUUAUCAUCCUAUUUACUUUGAUGGCAACUUGCGUGGCUACACCGAUUUUCUUCGCUCAUCCUGAAACAGUUCUCGCCCAUCCAGCUGUCUUGAUUAACUCCGCAAUGGAAGAUAGUUUGCCUAACGAAUUGCGAAAUGAUUUCUAUAAAAAUCCAAACAUUGCAGCUGGUCUCGCUAAAGAGUCCUGGUUUAUCGGUAAAGAAACGCAGGUACUCGACAGAGAAACGGAUAAAAUACCCAGAGAAAAAAUCUUCAGUGCACUACAUAAUGCCGGAUUAGUUCGUAGAUAA